AUGAAGCGACUAUUGAUUCUAGAGAGACUGUUAAACUCAAGCUUGAGGAGUCAAACCUCUGAAUUUAAUUUUAAAAGAGGAAAUAAUCUCUUCCAUCAAAUUCAAUUAUUUGAACCCGAUCUACAAUUUACAUAUUUUCCAACAGAUUUAUGUGUUUUUAUCAUCACACAUGCGAAGCGGUUUGUUUACAUGAAAUCUGCAGACUACAUGAACCAAAACACAAUCUCUACAGAGAUUGGAAGACGAGCGAGUGAUGAACUCAAUGAAGGUAGUACAUACAGCUAUGAAACGUCCGAUAAAAGCCGGCAGAUAGAUCUGUUUUCUCAUCUAGAGAAAAAGACGUUGCAAAGAGGCAAAGAACGAUGGAGUAACAUUAUCGAGAAAUAUUCCAAGCUCGACAACCACACUAAGAGCGAUGUUGUAGACAUAAAUACCGGAGCAGUGAUUGAAAAUAACGGGCAUCUUAAUUCUCUCACAGAUGAAGACGUUGCACGAAGCAUGAAUUCGUUAUUGAAUUUCAGUGAGGAGUUUCGAAAAAUCACACCACAACAGAGACAUUUGAUGAUCGAGAGACUGAUCAAGAUUCAAAAGCCGUUGAGCCAGCCUUCAACAGCGGAAGAUCAUAAAAGUAAGCUUAAUUCACCAGUCGAAUCACCUACAAAGAGACAGAAGAGGGACACUCCUAUGAAUUCUAGCCCGUUGAAGGUAGACAAAUUGAGAGACGUUUUUCCCAUUCUCGCGCAGGCCUCUUCAGAUGUAGAUCUUGAGAGUCCGACAAAAACGAAGGACAAAGCAGCAUCGUAUUUUGACGAAUGGUCUGAUUAUAACGAGUCGAAUUCAGACUCCUCAGAUGAAUAUGAUGCGGGAAAUGGGCACGAGUCACGCUUCGAAAAGAACUUUCAAGUUGCUCUCUUUCUGUGUCCUUUCCCAAAAUGCCAGUUCAAUAAUGAGCUGAAGCUGGUAUUCAGAGACCAUUUACUUUCAGAGCACGCACCCGAACUCCGGCAAAUGGGGUAUCCUGUUGCAACAGAUCUAAGCUCUUCCCAUGGACAUAUCUCUAUACCCGACCUAUGUUCCAUGAAAUUGAGUCUUCACUUCCCAUUGGAGUGGGACUUGCCACUAGAACCUUUUCUCUGCCGAAUCAACCUCAAGCAGGGUCCUUGCAAAAAAGUCUUCCUCAAUAGAGAAGAUUUAUUGGAACAUCAAAAAAAUUUGAGCCUGUGUUCGUCGAAAACCCAAGUCCUACUCUGUCCUGUUCUAGGUUGUACCUACAAGACAGACCAAAGCUACGAAGCGUUUCGCCAGCAUGUCAAUAGCCAUCAAAAACGAUCAUGGUUGAUUACUGAUAAUGUUCCACAACUCAUGAAACCAAGUGUUCCUGAUCUCACAAUGCCAUCUCAAGACCGAGUCGACGCUGGAAAGAGCUCUAAGUUUGCCCAAUUGAAUUUCCCUGCUGGCAGUGAUUCAAAAGUCCAGUUUAAUAACACUCAUUCCAUGAACGACCAAAGAAAUUUCACUCGCUCUGUGCGCUCAAGCUAUACUAUUGACCGCACCCAUAAUGAAGAGCCCUUAUCUCUUGAGGAACUUUUCAGCGACUAG